CACGUAACGAUGCAUACAAAACUUCUGACGGUAAUUCUGUGUUGGAGUUUGAGGCUGAGUUUCGCUGUUCUAGUUUCCGGAAGGGCGGCAUCUGUACCGGAUGAAGAACAGCCUUGUUCUGGAGGUGUUUGUGUUCCGUUUUACCUGUGCCCGAAUGGUUCUUUAGUUGAAUCGGGAGAGGGAUUAAUUGAUGUACGAUUGGGGGGAGCAGAAUGUCCGCUAAACAUGGUUUGCUGUGCAGAGCAGGGUACACACAUUGGAAAUUGUCCUGGGACGUGUUCUGCGAGAGAUAAAUGUGCGCAAGCAUUUGAUGGAAAUGCAACAAGUUGUACUAGCGGACAGAUUUGUUGUCUGAAAAUAAGCGAAACUACUGGAGCAACCGUUAACAAACCUUCUGGUCAAUGCCAAGGGGAAUGUAUUGAGUCUAUCGUAUGUGCUAAUAGAACGAUAAUUGGGACAGACCUAAUCGAUUUGAGGUUUUCAAAUGAUGGCUGCGAAGGCAAUUUGAUAUGCUGUGAAACAGGUGGCGCAUCGAAAGAAGUGUCAGGAAAAUCAAGCGAAUGUAAAGGACAUUGCGUUCCUUUUGGUCGAUGUGAUAGGAAAGUGUCGAAAACAACCGGAAAAGGAUUGAUAGAUUUGCGAAGCAUCGAUAAUUCUUGUCCUGGAGAUUUGAUUUGCUGUGAACCGGAAGAAGAAUUGAACAGCUCUUGCCAGUGCGUUCCAUUGUACUUAUGCUUAGAUGAAUUUAACAUUGAUGUGCGAGCAAUUGAAAAUGGCUGUGCCGAAGAUCAGUUGUGUUGCGAAAAGGUUAGACCAAUCAAUCAAUUCACUGAAAUUUCUUCAACGACCUGUAGAGGGUCUUGUGUACCGGCACAGCAAUGCUCACGGCAAGGUCCGGAGAAGGAUCUCAUAGAGUUACGCACGCAAGAUGCCUGCCCCGAAGAUCUUGUAUGCUGUGAUGUGAUUACCAAACCUAUCAUCAGCGUUGUAGAAAAAUGUGAAGGUGAAUGUGUUUCGAUUGAGCGAUGUCCUGGGAAUAAAAUCAGUGACAAUGGAACUGGUCUUUUUGAUUUGAGAAUUGGUGAUGAUUCAUGUCCAAAUGAAUUGGUAUGCUGUAAAACUCCUCUCAAAGAUGUUAAAACUGAACAGGGGGAUAAUUGCAAAUGCCUUAUGUUUAAUCAAUGUGCUGAUUCUACAAGCUCCUUUGAUUUAAGAUCGUCUUCUAGUCAGUGUCAAACAAACCAAGUAUGCUGCGUUAAUGUCAUAGAUAUACCAGAGCCGCCUAUAUUCAAGCCCAAAGUCUGUGAAGGAAGAUGCGUACCAUUCAAUCAGUGUGUCGACACCAAUCAUAACGGAUUGAUAGAUUUGAGAGGACUGGAGGACCCAUGUCCGGGGAAUUUUGUAUGCUGCAAAGGAAGUGCAUCGCCUACCCUGACGACUAAAUGUAAAGGGUCAUGUGUUCCUGCUGAUCGCUGUCAAUCGGUUCAGAAAGACCUAAUCGAUUUAAGAACUUCUGACGAUUGCCCGGGAGAACUGAUCUGUUGUGAAUUUCCAUCCACUAGCAAACCAGUUUCAGUUCUGCCAAUGAUGAUAAUGAAUAUUCAAAACAUAAAAUCAGAAACCUGCCCUGGGAACUGUUUACCAUUUGGCCAAUGCCCAAAAGACUUGCUCUAUUCUUCUGGAUCCUUUUUCGACUUAAGAAUAGUUGAUGAUGUAUGCCCAAGAAAUUUCGUUUGUUGUCUGAACAACGUUGCAACAAUUCCUACUUUUCCACAAUCGCUGGACAAAAUCUGCCAAUGUGUGCCUUUGAAUCGAUGUGCAGAUCCAGACAAUUCAUUCGACCUACGAUUAAAUAGUAACAAAUGCCCCUCAGACCAAGUAUGCUGUGAAAUUGUUUUUCAAAAUGCCGUACUACCAUUUAACAAGGCAUGCAAAGGCACGUGCGUUCCAUUCUCUCAGUGUAAAAACCCAGUAGGCAUGGAUCUAUUUGACUUGCGUUCCACUGAUAUGUGUCCAGAUGAUUUAGUUUGCUGCGAUUAUUCCGAUAUGAUUUCGAUCAUUCCUCCAGCGAUAACAGUAACAGACGAACUUCAAAAAGCCUGUCCUGGUAAAUGUAUUUCAUCAACUCAAUGUCCCAUAGGAUCAAUCAUAUCUACCGCUGUCGAUUCAAUAGACCUUCGAAAUUCCGGAGAACUCUGCGCUGCUGGUCAAAUUUGUUGCAUGGAAACGCCAUUUAAUUUCGACGAUUGCCAAUGCGUCCUAUCGAACAAAUGUCUUGAUAAUGAGGCAACAUAUCCUGUAUUCGAUCUUAGAUUAGAGAACAGAAAAUGUCUUUUCAAUGAAGUAUGCUGCAAAAAUAGAGUAGAAGUUCCGAAUCUUUUCCCUACAAAGUCUUGCAGACACAUCUGUGUACCGCCAGAUCAAUGCCAGGAUCGAUCAGGCAAGAAUAUCAUAGAUCUGAGAUCACUGGACCAAUGUCUUGACGGUUUAGUUUGCUGUGAACCCAAUGACUUAAUUAGUUCUAUCACGACAAUUCCAUCUGUAAUAAACAUUCCGAGCGUUUGCCCAGGAAGUUGUGUCCCAUACGAUAGCUGCCCGAAUGGCCGACCCAAAUCAGCUGGUAAUGGCCUUUUAGGAUUUCGAACCUUUGAAAAUGCCUGCCCUGAAGGACUGACAUGUUGUGCCGAAACUCCCAAGGUAUCUCACACAACUUGCAAAUGCACUCCCAUAUCACGAUGCGCUGAUAGAAAUACUUUCGAUCUGAGAUUUGAUCACUGUCCAGAGUUCCAAACGUGCUGCGUAGAGGUUAUCGAGAAAGAAUCAACUUGUUUGGGAACAUGCGCCCCAAUAGGCCAGUGUAACAGCAUAGAUCUUCGAUUUGAUAACUCUAACGGUGUAUGUCCCGGAGGUUUCAUUUGCUGCGGAAACACAUCCACAGUUCCUUCUUCGAAAGAGUCGUGGACACAGUGGAUUAACAACAUCAACAACAUGAAGGAAUCAAAGGCAGAGAAUGCACCGUGUAGACUCAAUAUCAAUCCCGCCACUUCUGAAAUCAACGAAGGAGAAAUUCCUUGGCUAGCAACCGUUUGGAGGAAGAACAUUGCACCUGGAGGUCAACCGAAUGAAUUUCUGUGUACCGGGUCAUUGGUGCAAGAAAGUGUGGUACUUGUACCGGCCGAUUGUAUUGUGAAUAUUCCCCCAGAGUCAAUCACUGUAACGCUUGCUCCUUAUGGUUCAAACAUCAAUGACCGGGAAUAUGAAUACAAAAUAUCCAAGCAUAUAAUUCAUCCUGAUUACAACGAAAGUAGAAACUAUGCAAACGUAGGCCUGUUGAUGCUGAACAAAUCGAGCAAAACUCGCGAUGCGGCGACAGCGUGUCUCUUUGGCUAUGACGAAUCCAUUAGCGACGACGAGUGCUAUCUGGCAGGUUGGAGUAGCUCAGCCCUAAUCGCGAGUCCUUCAGCGCGGCCGCUUAAGUACAAAUUAACCGUGAACUCAAGACCAUCGUCAUCUUGUGGAUCAAACUUUUUAUGUCCAACCAUCCAACAGCGGCUUGCAGGUGCUUCGAUGGCUAAUUGCGAUGAUCUUCGCGGCUCGCCUCUGAUCUGUCUAGAUGCGAGCAGACGCCAUUGGAAGUUGGCUGGCUUGGCUGGCAAAAACAACAGAAACUGCAAUGCGCAGUCAAUUCCGGAAUCGCUGAUAAACGUUGGACCUCACCGGAUGUGGAUUCUUGAACAAAUCUCACCGAGCUUCGUCCAGAAGAAAGAGUCUUACCUUGUUCCAUCACGCCAAUACUUACCAAGCAUUUGAGGAUAGUGACUGGUUGAAUCGAAGAUAAAGUGCAAUCAGAAUCCAUGUCAUAUUGAUAACUUAACGUUAUAAGUUAUUUAGUUUAAGAUAAAAAUCUGUUCAAAAUGUUGUUCAUUCUAAACAGUCAAACAUCUCUUCCAUUUUAUUAAGACAAAAAAACGGUAUAGCUUUUAAUUCUUGUAUUGAUAGUAUUCAUAUAAAUGAAUACCUACAUAUGUAAGAUACUUGUAAAUAAUAAUCUUUUGAAAGGUAAUCCUGUGAGUUUUCAGUUUGUGGCAGUUGAAGCAAUACUAAAUUAAGAAAGAAAUUUUAUUAGAAAAAAAUGGAAAAAUCGGUUGAGAAACACGAGAGCUGUAGUGAUUUUUGUCAGGAGUGUCAAAUUAACAUUCCAGGAACUCUAACGGGGAAAAAAAUUGUGGGAUAAGGGUUGAGGAAUUAUCAGAUCUGAGACGAACCAACAAAAGUUGAAAAUCUCUAUAAUAAAGACAAAAAAAAAAAUUAUCAGAUCACCUGAACUUCUAUGUAAUUUAAAUCAAAGUGAUUAUUUUGUUUAAGCUGAAAUGAA